AUGGAAGAAAAGCCAAUGGAGGUAGCAAUUCUUCUGUAUCUGAUCUGCUUGUCAAUUUCAAUUACCAGUGCGACUGCAGCCUUAGAUUACAUCAACAGCUCAUAUUCUCAUGGGGAUAAUAAGCUAGACGAUCUCCGUGGCCACAAAAUCAAUGGAAAGUUUCUUGUUGAAGAACCUAAAUGGAGCGGUGGUGGAAGUGACAAGAAGGAUGUUGAAGCUCUCUUGUCCUUCCGGAAAGCAAUUACAAAUGACCCAACUCAAUUUCUCUCCGGGUGGACUGCUGACAAUGCAGACAAGGUGUGUUCGUGGAAUGGUAUUUGGUGCAGAAGUCGCACCAAAAGAGUAGUCUCCAUUAUCCUCCCUAACAAGGGAUUGGAAGGUACCAUCUCACCGUCCUUAGGAGACCUCUCCUUGUUGCGCACUUUGAAUCUAUCCCGUAAUAACCUCACUGGAAGGAUUCCAGAACAACUUGGGGAGCUCAAAGUUUUAGGGUCACUCGACCUGAGCAGGAAUCUGCUGUGGGGAUCUAUCCCAAUAACUCUGGCUAACUGCACGCUACUUCAGUGGAUUAGGCUUUCAUGCAACAAACUGACAGGGAACAUACCAACAGAAUUUGGUGGCCUGGCCAAGUUAGAGCACCUCCGGCUGUCCAACAAUACUUUGGGUGGAAGCAUUCCAACAUCUUUGAGCAACUGCACGUCCCUCCAAGGUAUAUCCAUUGCCUAUAACAAUCUCCGCAGUUCAAUUCCUUCUGUUUUGGGUUCGAUAAAAAAUCUCCAGUAUAUUUUCUUGGAUGGCAACUUUCUAAGUGGUCCCAUACCGUCAUCUCUUAGCAACUGUUCUCAAUUGUCGGACAUCGAAGUCUCCGGCAACAACUUAUCAGGGAGCAUACCAACAGAAUUUGGUGGCCUGGCCAAAUUGGAGUUUCUCUUGCUGUCCAACAAUCGUCUGGGUAGAAGCAUUCCAUCUUCUUUGAGCAACUGCACUUCUCUCCGAUUUAUAUCCAUUGGCUAUAACAAUCUCACCGGUUCAAUACCUUCUGUUUUGGGUUUGAUGAAAAAUCUCAAAUAUAUCUACUUGGAAGGAAACUCACUAACCGGUUAUAUCCCACCUUCUCUUAGCAACUGUAGUCAGUUGUCCUUUAUAGCACUCUCUCACAACAGCCUAACAGGAAGCAUUCCCCAGGAACUAGGAUCGCUUCAGCAAUUAGAUCGCCUAUAUCUGCAGUCUAACAGAUUCGAAAACAGAAUUCCUCCAGACCUGGGUAAUUGCUCUUCGAUGAAUAUUUUGUUUCUGGGGGAUAAUCCUUUACUGUCAGGUAAAAUACCACCUGAACUGGGAAAUUUGAGAGAGCUUCACCAGUUAUCAAUGUAUGGGCAACCUAAGGUUGAGGGUUCUAUUCCUCCUGAAAUAGGGAAUUGUAGCAGACUACUAUGGCUGGAUCUUGGAUGGAGCAGAAUUACCGGGAGGGUGCCCAGCAGCAUAUUCAAUCUCCCUCUCUCAACUCUUGCCUUGGAGGGAAACCAAAUUGAAGACAGGCUAGAAGAAUCGUUCUUCAAUAUCACCAUGCUGGAAUAUUUGGAUCUUAGCUUUAACAGGUUCUAUGGAACAGUUCCGAAAUCAAUUAAUAAGUCUACAUCCCUGACGAAGCUGAGUCUGUCAAACAAUUCAUUGCAUGGAAAUCUACAAGUAAAAUUUCCACAUUCGUUGGAAAUUAUAUCUGCUCAUUCUAACAACUUCUCUGGAGAUCUGCCGGCAUCCUUGGCUAACUGCAGGAAUCUUCAACAUUUGGAUUUCAGGAAAAACAGAUUAACAGGUGAGCUCCCUGGGUAUGUUGCAAAUUUUCAAGAGUUGAGAGUUUUAAGCCUGGGAUACAAUUUACUAGAGGGAGGUAUUCCUGCAUGGAUCACAAACCUCACCUACUUGCACCUGCUAGAUUUGUCAAACAAUAAAUUCGUUGGAAACAUUCCAUCCCACCUCCAAACUCUCCAGGGAUUUGUUGCUGCGAAGGUAACUGAGUCAAAAAUUAACCAGGAUAUGACAAUUGCAGCAAAGGGAAAUGAGUACCGCCUGGAAUAUGUGAUAGAAGCAAACACCAUAUUAGACUUAUCAAACAAUCAUCUCAGCGGGGAAAUACCAGAAAGCAUAGGGAGCCUGACUGGUCUGAGGCUGCUAAAUCUGUCUGGAAACCUUCUGGAGGGGAAAUUGCCACCAUCUCUUGGAAAUAUCUCUACUUUGGAACAGUUAGACGUGUCUAGAAAUGCCCUAAGCGGAGGAAUUCCGCAGGACCUAUCUAAACUGACCAUGUUGGCGUCCUUGAAUGUUUCCUUCAACAGACUGUGUGGAAUGAUACCAAGUGGGACGCAAUUUGACACUUUCAACGAGACAUCUUUCCUGGAAAAUCCUCCGUGUUUGUGUGGGCGCCCCUUGCAAAAGUGCCAACAAAGUAACAAAACUUCAACAACAGGGGAGGAGAAGAGAUCAUUGCUGAGCAUUGUAGAAGAACGCGUGUCACUGAUAGCAUUGGGUCUGGGAUUUGGCAUUUCGUUUGGCGGAACGAUCUCUCUUAUUAGUGGAAGCGACAAAGUUAAGCAUUUGCUUCACGGCUCUCAAGGUUAA